AUUUCCUCCGCAUGCGCAAAAAUUUCUGAUCGAAAAUUGAAAGUUCAAAAGAAAUAACUUUAUUAAUUCUUUUGAUUGCUUGUUAAUAAGGAAAUGAUGAGUCAUACUUUUGACAGUUAUGGAGAAUCCAGUCCUAUGAUGAUGGGGUCUCCUAAUAGUCCAGCUAGUCCCCACCAAUCACAGUUCCUGCCAGGCUUUCUUCUGGGUGAAACCUCACAACAUGCUGGAUCUCCUAGCACACGUUUAUGGUCAGCAGUUACUAGCCCAAGUCCUCCUAAGUCAGCACACAGAGGUAGCAAUAUAACUUCACCGUUAAGUGCCAGUUAUAUCACAUCACCAGGACCCAGAGAGACAAUCAGACCAAAAGAAAGACCUGGGGCACCACCAACAAAAAGUUUGAUGUCAUAUAGCAGUCCGUCUACAGCUAGUCCAUUUGCUACUUCAUUCCAUCAGACACCUUCACGAGGAUUCCAUACACCUGGAACAAGUGCUUGUGCCCCACCUAUAUCAGGUCUUUCCUCCAGUAUCAUGGAAAAUAUGAAUGACACAUCACAGUUCCAUUUGGCAGCAAAUACUAAACUUCCCCCAUCUCCUGCUCAGAUGGAUCCAUUCUAUACCCAGGGGGAAAGUUUGACAUCAGAAGAUAUUUUAGAUGAAACCUGGAUUACAGUUUUUGGUUUUCCACCAGCGGCAGCAUCCUUUAUACUCCAGCAGUUUUCUCAGUAUGGAAACAUUGUCAAACAUGUGAUAGCUACUGAAGGAAAUUGGAUGCAUUUACAUUACCAGUCCAAACUCCAGGCAAAAAAAGCUCUCAGUAAAAAUGGUAGAAUGUUUGCUGGUAAUAUAAUGGUUGGCGUUACUCCUUGUAUUGAUAAAUCUGUGAUGGAAGAUAAGGAGAAUCCUUCUUUCUCUGGAACACCUGUAUUAGGAUUAAUGGAUACACCUGUAACAUCAAAAGGAACCCCUGGGACAUCAAAGGGAACACCUAUCAGACCAUUGACAGCUGCUUAUAAAUCAGCAAGGAGUGAAAAUGAUGUAGUAAGAAACAACCAAGUUCCUCAAAAGUCCAAUACAUUUGCCUCUAAGGCUAUGGAGUAUAUGUUUGGUUGGUGACAAAGAUAACACAGUGACAUUAUCACAGGGUUCUGUGCAAUGGGGAAAAGUUAACUUCGAAAACACCAUGAUCUGCAAACAUUGUAUUGUAGUUAAAAUAGUCAGCUGAGAUUAUAUAUUAUCAUGUAAAUCAAAAGUAUGAAGAGUUAAUAAUUAAAAGGGCUUUAAUGUAUUGCUAGAUUAAGACUAAUCAUGUAUCAAGAUCAUGUUAAUUAUGUGUAGUAAAAUACACUCAAAUGAAACAACUAAUUAUGUAAACAUUAAUAGAAGAAUCCUUUUCACAACUUCAAUGCUGUAUGUUGUUUUUUUGCUAUGUGCAUCAUCGAUCAUCAUGGGUGUAUGUAAGGGUUGGAGGCUGAGUAUAUUGACAACUCUUCUGUUUACUGACCUUUAGUAUGUUCACACAUACUCAUUUAAAUUUGCAUAUAUUAUAAAGAAGCAACAGUCCAUGUAAAAACUAGGUCAAUUUGACCUAUAUUUCAUGCUAGAAUAACUCUUAUAGAUUAAUGUCAGACACUGAUCUGUUACUCAAAUGGACUUGCAAGAGGAUAAACACUGUCUCUUUGGCACGUUCCCUAUUUCCAUUUUCAAUUUUAUUAAACAAGAAUUUUCUUUUCUUUUAGAGGACAGUUGUGUCUUCUGCAAACAUACCACAUCUCCUUAGUUUUUUAGAUUCAAAUUUCAAUAGGUUAUCUUAAACUUUUCAUUUGUCACUGCUAAUUUUUUAUAACACUGUAAGAUAAACUUAUUAAACCAGAUGUAUGGUAUACAUAAAUGAGGGUUGGCUCAUGGAAAAUAAAACAUCUACAUUCUUCUUGCCUCCUAGUUUAAUAUUUUAUAUUAUAAAUCAUGUAUAUUUUAUCCCAGUUUACGUAUGACAUAAUAUAUUUAUCAUUCUUCCUUACUUCAUCUCAUAUUGAGGUUAAUUUCCUUGGAAUAUUGUGUUAUGUAUGUAUGACUUUCCCAACUGUUGCUUAACAGUUUUUAUAACUUGCUUAGAUUUAUGGGUAAAUCACCAGUAACUGAUUUCUACUACAGGUAAAAACUAUAUAACAAGAAAUUAUUUUUUAUCUGAUAAAACUUUAAAUUUAUGCUGGCUUAGAUAGUAUAUAUAUAGCUAUAUUACUAUACGAGGAAAUAAUGAUUAUUUGU